CACUUCAUUCACAUUCCUUCAAUUCCGUUUCCUUUUCUCUUUAUCCACGGACUCAACUCAAGUAAAUUAAAAAACCAGAACCUUCUCUUUCUUCUUCUUCUUCUCUCUUUUGCUACACCUAUAACUUAACUAACUUUCAUUUCACACACAUUUGCAACAACAAUGGAACUUAUCAAACUCAGAUCCUUCAUUCUCUUCCUUCUCCUCACUCUAUCAACAACCUCUGCAUUCAACCAAAACCAACCCAUCAAAACCAUUGUAGUUCUAGUCAUGGAGAAUCGUUCCUUUGAUCACAUGUUAGGCUGGAUGAAAAAGGCCAUCAACCCUUUAAUCGACGGUGUAAACGGAGAUGAAUGCAACCCCGUUUCAACUGAAACCUCAAAAAAAGACACUAUCUGUUUCAGUGAUGAUGCAGAGUUUGUGGAUCCGGAUCCAGGUCAUUCGUUUGAAGAUGUUUUGAAACAGGUAUUUGGUAAUGGUAAUGGUAACGCUUCAAAUUCUAUUCCUUUAAUGAAUGGUUUUGUGGAACAAGCAUUGUCUGUUUCUCAGAAUCUUUCUGAGACUGUAAUGAAAGGGUUUAAACCGAAAUCUGUUCCGGUUUAUGCUGCUUUGGUUAAGGAAUUUGCUGUUUUUGAUAGGUGGUUUAGUUCGAUUCCCGGUCCGACACAACCCAAUAGGCUUUUUGUGUAUUCUGCAACUUCUCAUGGUUCAACUAGUCAUGUUAAGAGACAAUUAGCCAUAGGGUAUCCUCAAAAAACUAUCUUUGACUCUAUGCAUGAGAAUGGCUUGGAUUUUGGGAUUUAUUUUGAGAACAUACCAACAACUUUUUUCUAUAGGAACCUAAGGAAGUUGAAGUAUAUAUCGAAGUUUCAUCGGUAUGAGUCCAAGUUCAAGAAAGAUGCUGGAAAUGGGAAGCUUCCGUCGUUGACGGUGAUUGAGCCGAGGUACUUUGAUUUGACGGGCUCGUCUGCGAAUGAUGAUCAUCCUUCUCAUGAUGUUGCUAAUGGACAAAUGUUGGUUAAGGAGGUUUAUGAGACUUUAAGAGCAAGUCCACAAUGGAAUGAGACUCUUUUGGUUAUUACAUAUGAUGAGCAUGGUGGGUUUUUUGAUCAUGUGAAGACUCCUUUUGUUAACAUUCCUAACCCGGAUGGGAACACAGGGCCUGCUCCUUAUUUCUUUAAGUUUGAUAGGUUAGGGGUUCGCGUGCCGACUAUUAUGGUCUCUCCUUGGAUCAAGAAAGGGAUUGUGGUAAGAAGUCCCAAAGGACCAGCUGCGAACUCCGAGUUUGAGCACUCGUCGAUUCCCGCCACCAUAAAGAAGAUGUUCAACCUUUCCUCUAACUUUUUGACUCACAGAGAUGCAUGGGCUGGGACAUUCGAGGAUGUUGUUGGCGAGUUAACUUCACCUAGAACAGAUUGUCCAGUCACUUUGCCGGAUGUGACGCCUUUAAGGACCACUGAAGCGAAAGAAAAUGGCAGCCUCUCUGAGUUUCAGAGUGAGGUUGUUCAGUUGGCAGCUGUUCUGAAUGGAGACCACUUCUUGAGCAGUUUCCCGAAUGAAAUGAGUAAGAAGAUGAAUGUGAAGGAAGCUCAUGAUUAUGUGACGGGAGCUGUUUCGAGAUUCAUAAGAGCUAGCAAAGAGGCUAUCAAGUUGGGGGCUGAUGAGUCUGCUAUUGUAGAUAUGAGAUCCUCUCUCACUACUAGAUCUUCUACUCACAGUUAAUAUUAUGCAACACCCAAAAAAUGAAGAAAAAAGAGAGUUGUGUGGAUAUGCUUGAAUUAUUAUAUUAGAUUUUCUUAGGAUUGUGAAAAAUAUAAUGCAUUAGAUCAUAUGGGAGGGGAAGUGUGUGUUUAUGUGUUGGCUAGAAUGCUGUCAGAAAAUCAUGCAGGCAUGAAAUGUCUUUCUAUGUUUGAUAUUGAAAGAACUUAGGAAAACAAAAUAAACUUUGGGAGUUUUAGUUUGGUUGGUGAGUGAUUUCAAAGACAUCUUCAAUCCUUUUGUACCAAGUACAAAAUGGUAUUCUAAAUGUAGUGUCAUAGUUUUGUUUUGA